CAGCGGUUAUGCACGGUGGUUACCCUACUCUGUUUUUUCAGUGAAGGGCUUUUCUUCUCACUUCUUGAGAAGCCUUUUCUUAUCAGUAUCUCAAAACACACCAAACAGCAUCUUCAACUCCUCGUCUACUCUUAUUCCACUUCUUCUUCUGUUCUUCUCCAGUUCUCCUUCAGUUUUUUUGUUGUCCACCAUAUACCAGACACUCUACUGCAUCUUCUUUAUGUGUCUGUUCCCAGAUACUCUUUACUGAAGGAUCACACCACAGAUAGCGGUUUUCUACCACUUGGAUAUAAUCCCUAUCAACCAACAACCACACACUGUUUUGCUAACCACCAAUUCAAAUUAUGAGCAAGAACAACCAGCCUCGUCAUCCCUUUUCUAUAUCUUCCAUCACAAACCAUCCCACACAACCAAAGACCUCUUCUCACUACCAUCUUUCCUCCCAACAAUUGGAUGAUCCCAACUUUCGCCAGCUCCACCCACCUCCUGACUCAUCUUCCAUAUCUCUAGAGCAGCAAAGACUGCAAUUGCUGUCUCAACAACUGCAGCAGUCAAGAAACCUUCAGCAACCACACCAGCUUGAUCUUCGUCAGCAACAACACUCAUUGCAAUCUUUGCAGUCUUUGCAAUCUUUACAGUCUUUGCAGUCUUUCCAAAAUGCUCAACAAUCCACUCAAUCCCAAUCUCAUGUAAAGCAAAUUUCUGUUCAACAUCUCUCUAAUCAGAGCUCAAACCAAAAUCAAAGCCAAAAUCAAAAUCAAAAUCAAAAUCAAAAUCAAAAUCAACUUCUUCAACGUUCCGAACAAGAAUCUGCUUUCAAAACACUUAAUUUUGAUGAUGCCAUCUUGUAUUUAGAUCAAGUAAAACAGCAAUUUCAAGAUAAACCUGAUAUAUAUAACACUUUCUUAGACAUCAUGAAGGACUUCAAAUUUCAAACAAUAGAUACUCCCGAGGUUAUUAAUAGAGUAUCUACCAUAUUUCAUGGCCAUCCAAAUCUAAUUCAAGGCUUCAACGCUUUUUUGCCUCAGGGCUAUAAAAUUGAAUGCUCCAAUGAUCCUUUAGAUCCAAACCCAAUCAUAGUCACUACUCCAAAGGGCUCCAUUUCUGUUCCUGAUAUUUCAGUUUACUCAAACAAUAGCAAGCUAAAUAGCAUUACCAACAACAAUAACAACAACAAUAACAACAAUAACAACAAUAACAGCAAUAACAACAAUAACAGCAAUAACAACAAUAACAGCAAUAACAACACUUUUAAUAAAAAAAUUAACACGAAUAAUAUGAAUAUCAAUAAUCUUACCAACAACUCUUCUCCCAGCCUCAAUAAUAUCAAUCAUCCCACAAAUUUUAAUAAUGUAAAUAAUAUUAACAAUCUCAACCAUCCCAGCAAUUUUAAUAACAUAAAUAAUCUUGCCAACAUCACAAACAUGGCCAACCUCAAUAAUUCCAACAACCUUUCCAAUUUCAAUAAUUCUAAUAAUUCUAAUAAUUCUAAUAAUCCUAAUAAUCCUAAUAAUCCUAAUAAUCCUAAUAAUCUCAAUUCUAACCUAUCCAAUAAUGGCCAGCAAUAUUCAUCUCUACUUUCAAUAAAAACUGAAAUGCCUGAAAAUAGAUACUUGAACAUCGACAAUAUAACAAACAUGCCCAUAAUUAACUACUCUCGUUCUCGUUCUCCAUCUCAACCCCAAAUGAACGACGCUAUUUCCUACGUUAAUAAAAUAAAAGUCAGAUUCUCUAAUAAGCCCCAGUACUAUAAAAGAUUCUUGGAAAUCUUACACACCUACCAAAGGGAGCAAAGACCAAUUGAAGAUAUCCAUUCUGAAGUUAUUUCCUUAUUUAAAGAUGCCCCUGAUCUAUUAGAUGAUUUCAAAAAAUUUAUUCCCUCCUCCGCCAUCACAAACUCUCUAAAUAACAGUAAUAAUAAUAAUAAUAAUAAUAAUAAUAAUAACAACAACAACAACAUUAAUAAUAGCAUCAAUACCAUUAAUAAUCUUAUAAACAACAACAUCAACCUUUCCUCUAAUCAACCACAAAAUUAUUACGAUCAGCUUCACUCUCAACAGAGUCAAUACACUUACUCUGACUCCGAUUACAACUCAUUAGUGCCUCCCUCCAUCAACGACAGUGAACUUAAUAACAAUGAUUCUAACAUCACUCGAACAACAACUCCUCCAAACAAUCUAGAAUUACCACCCGUCGGAAAUUUUCCUCCUCCUUCAGCUAAAAAAAGAGAAAAUCCCUCUGCUGCUUUUUUAAAUAAUCCAAAUGAUGAGCCUCCAAUUUCAAAUGAAAGAAAUUUAUCUGCCUCUCAAAAUUAUUACUAUAUUCAAUCCCAAUCCCAAUCUCAACCUCAAUCUCAAUUCCAAUCUCAAUCUCAAGCACAAGCACAAGCACAAGCACCAGUACAAGCACAAGCACAAAAACAACUACAAAACAAAUUUCCACAAAAUAACCAACAAUUACAAUCUUUACCUUUAUUAUAUAAAGGUUCUCUGGAUAUAGCAUAUGACUCUUAUCAAAGCUCUUAUCUGGAUUCAAACAAAUUACAACAAAAUAAAUAUUCAAUCAAUAAUCAAAACUUGUCUGACGAAAUCUUUCAUUUCAAUAAAAUCAAAAAUGCAAUCAACAAUAUAUUAUCAUAUAACAAUUUCAUGAAACUAAUAUCUUACUAUAACAGUUCCUUAAUAGAUUUUGACACCUUAAUGGAAAGAUCUCAUAACUAUAUUAGUUCACAACCUGAUUUAUUUUCUUGGUUUAAAAAUUUUAUGAGUGGCGGUGAUGAUUCAUCAUCAAAAAUCGAAAAUACUGACAAGACUAAAAAUAAACCCUUCAAAACUAAAACCCAAGAUAAAAACAAGAUAAUCAUCGAAAAUUCUCCUUUGAAUCCUGAAAAAUUUAAAUUAACCUUGUAUGAAAAAUCUACUCCAAGUUAUGUUAAACUCCCUAAAGAUAUAACCUUGAAAAAUAGAUCAAGGCUUGGUAAAAUGCGUCAAGAGGUUUUAAAUGAUGAAUACGUAUUAUUGCCUAAUUAUUAUCAUUCAAAUGACUCUAAUAAGUCUUCAACAAAAAUAAUCCCUAUAAUUAAUUCAAGAAAAACAACUUAUUCUAAUAGAUAUCAAGACCAUUUACAGGAAAUUGAAGAAGAACGUCAUUCUUAUGACUACUAUAUGGAGACAAGUCUCAAAACCUAUCAAACCCUCGAAAAUAUUGGCCAUAAAAUUGCUGCGUCAUCUCCUGACAAUAAAGCUGAGUUUAACUUGGCAGAUGAUCCAAUUUUUUCAUCCCAGAUUAAUAAAAAAAUUAUUCAAAAGAUUUAUAGAGAUAAAGAUGUUAGUGACUGGAUCAUAAAAAGAUUGUACGAAAAACCACAAGUUGUUAUUCCAAUUGUAUUAAGAAAAUUAAAACAAAAAGAAGAAGAAUGGAAGAGAUUAUAUAGAGAUUGGAACAAAGUCUGGUAUGAACAGGAAAACAUUUAUUUUAAAAAAAGUUUUGAUGUUAUAGGAGAAAAUUUUAAAGCAAAAGAUCAGAAAUUUUUCAAGACAAAAUCCUUGCUAAAAGAAUUAUCAGAUAAUAAAAUAUUAAAGAUAUCAGAAAAUGCUAUCAAUCCACUAAUUAGUUCUAUAAUUGGUUUAAAUGAUGGAAUCCGAGAUAAUAAUUAUCAUUUUAUCAGUAAUAAUAUUGAUCUUUUAAAAGAUAACAGCAAGCCUUUAUUUACAUUUUUUAAAAUCAUAAUUUGUUACUUGAAAAAAGAUUUGCUAUUGUUGAAUGAAGAAGAUUUUCAUAGUAGAAAUAAUAGAACAAUCCGCACUCAAACUCUAAUUAAUAUCAAAAAAAACAACAGAUACUCAUUAGAUGAUCAUGAAAACUUUAAAGUUUUUUUUGUGGAGCUUUUAAAAUUGAUAUUUCAUAUACCAAAUGAUUUAUAUAAUAAAUUGUAUGAAAUGAUUGAAGUGAGUAAUGAACAACGGUAUGGAACAAAAAUUGAUAGCAGUGAUUUUCGUGCAGCUGAAAGUCUUGUAAAUUCAAAUAUGGGAAAGAUUUCAAACUCCAAAAAACGUUUGUUUAAGGAUAUUGAUAAAGAUAAUUUUUUGGAAUCAAUAUUAUCAAAUCAUAGUGGUGCCAAACGUACAAGUAAACAAGGUGAAUUCAAAACAAUUUCAAAAAUAUCCAAUAAUUCUGAUGUAUCCAACAAUAGUGUCAAAGUCUCUGAUGAAUUAGAAGAAAUUUGGAUAAAACUAGUUGAAAGAGCUAAAGUUGCUUCAGAGGAACCAACUGAAUUACAAUUAAUUGAUAGUAUCAAAAAUAAAAUGUUUUGUAAUCAAGAUAUCUAUAUUUUAUUGAGAAUCUUUUUAAUCAUUUUUGAAAGAUUUCAAACUUUAGCUGAAAAUUUUUCGGAAAGUGACCAAAUUGAAAUUGUUGAAUUAAUUGAAAAUUUAAUCAAUGAAAGAAUCAAUAAGUUUGAAUUUGAAGAGACUUUAAUGGAAAAAUAUAAGGGAAAAGAAUUUUUUAAAUUUUAUACAAUUGAUGUGCUAUUGGAGAAAUUUUUUGGUUACAUGUUUAAAAUAAUAAUAAAUCAAAAGUCAUCAGAUAUUUUAUUAGCGUAUAGAGAGAUUUCAAAAACUGAUGAUAAAGAUAUUAAUUUGGAAAAAUUUACAAAUUAUGAAAAAGAUAUCAGAGCUAUUAUUGGAAAUGAAGAGGAUUUAUUUAAGAUUCAUUAUGGUUCAAAUGAGUUUAAAGUUGAAUAUAUUUCUUCCGAUGAUAUACUAUUAGAAUUUAUUAAAGAAGGGGAUAAAACGAAAUUUGAAGAGUAUAUAAAAUCAUAUGUGAAAUUAGUUCCCACGGAAGGUAUUUCCACGAUUAAGAUUAAGUUGCCAUUUUUUUCUAAAAGUUUGAUCAGUGGUGAAAAUUCCGAUAAUGAGAAGAAUGAAGAAAAUUUUGCAGAUUUCCAAUUGAAAAUUAGAGUGUCACCAAUAACAUAUACAUUAUUUUUUGAAGAAGGAUCAUGGGACGAAUACACUAAUGGGAAAGUGUACAAAAAUUUGAAGAAAAAUAACAAUCAGAUUAAAAAAAGUGUACAAAAGUUGGAAAGUAUAAUUAAUGGUAAAUAUGGGUGGAAAAGAAAUGUUAAAAACCCUGAUUUUUUUGAAGAACGAUUUCGAUUUUUAGAAAAAGAAGGAUUGAACGAUUAUGAUAAAUUUAAUAUCAAAGGAAAUGGAAACAAGAUGCGAGAUAUUUCGAAUCCUGUUUUAUUGCAUCUACGAAACAUUUCAAAUGGAAAUAUCAAUAGCAAUAGCAAUGGGAAUGUGAAUGUGAAUGGGAAUUCUAGCUUGGUAAUAGGAGAUCAAGAUCAAACACUUGAUGGUGAUUCUACCAUUGACAGUACAAUUAAUGAUAGUAAAACAGAAAAUAUCGUUAAUGAUAUAAGUAUGAUAACGGAUGUGAAUAGCAAUGUUAUGAGUAAUUUGAAAAUAAUGAAUGAAGAUGAAGUUAAACAAAAGAGUUAAGUUUUUAGUUAUAAUUUAUUUUUUAGUUCAGUUCAAAAUUGAUAAUGGA